GCAAGAAUUCAAACUGUUAUGUUAGAUAAACGAAUUUAAUUAAAUAUUUGAAUUGUUAUUGUUAAAGUAAAUAAGGCACGGUACCGUUUAUUUAAUUUUUUCCCUUAGCAGAUGGCAUUUUCAUAAAAUAAAAAUAGUAUUUUAGUAUAACAGAUAGCUUUUAGUUAAGAUGAGUAGUGAGGAGGAAAGAGUGCCAUUAGUAUCGAAAAAUGAUUUGCACAACAAUGAUGACAGUUAUAAUAGUGGAAAUAGUUCAGCAGACACCUCAUUCAGGAUACCAAUCUAUGGCACUUCAUCGGAAAAGCGCCCAAGUGUGAAACCAGUGCCUAUAGAGGAGCGAAUAAAGUACUCCUGGAACUCACUAAACGUUUUUGCUACCGCUGACGAACCUCAGAGUGACACCAAUUUUUGCUUUUGUUGUAAAAGUAGAUCUGCGGAUAAUCUGCAAAAGAAGCAUUUGCUAAAGAAUGUAAGUGGCUUAGCGUAUCCGGGCGAGCUGUUGGCAAUUUUGGGCUCAAGCGGAGCGGGAAAAACCACGCUGCUUAACGCCCUUACUUUUCGCUCGUCGAAAAACGUCACGGUGACGGGAACCCGAUGUGUUAACGGCACUCCCGUUAAUUCCAAAGCGUUGACAAGCCAAUCUGCUUACGUCCAGCAAGACGAACUGUUUAUCGGAAGUUUAACCGUUAAGGAACAUCUCAGGUUUCAGGCACUAGUGAGAAUGGACAAAUACAUAUCUUACGACCAAAGAAUGCAACGAGUAAAUGAAGUAAUCACCGAAAUGACUCUAAACAAAUGUGAAAAUACUUGCAUAGGCAUACCAGGCAGGCUAAAAGGAAUAUCUGGGGGAGAAUUGAAGAGACUCUCAUUUGCCUCAGAGGUUUUAACUAAUCCAUCCUUGAUGUUUUGUGAUGAACCAACCUCGGGUUUAGAUUCCUUUAUGGCCCUAAACGUGGUUCAAACAUUGAAAAAUAUGGCGCAUGCUGGUAAAACGGUCAUUUGCACCAUCCAUCAACCUUCUUCAGAACUAUACGCCAUGUUUGAUAAGUUACUUCUUAUGACGGAGGGAAGAAUUGCUUUUUUAGGGACACCAGAGGAAGCAGAUAUGUUUUUUCGGAAGCUAGACGCUCCUUGUCCAAAAAACUACAAUCCUGCAGACUACUUCAUUCAGCUGCUGGCCAUUGUGCCGGGCAACGAAGAAUCUUGUAGAAAUGCAGUUAGUAUGAUCUGUGACAAAUUUCAACGUUCUGAACUUGGUGUUCAAGUUGCUCUAGAUUCUGCCAUUACAUCAGGAGACUUUUUGACACACAGAGAGACAGAUGUGUGGGUCCAUACGAGUACAAACAACGGAAGAAGUCCUUACAAAGCAUCUUGGUGUCAGCAGUUUAGAGCUGUGCUAUGGAGGUCUUGGUUGAGCAUCAUUAAGGAGCCUUUGCUUGUGAGAGUUAGGCUUUUUCAAACAAUUCUAGUAUCAUUAAUUUUGGGUGCAAUCUACUAUGGGCAGGUAAUUAACGAAGAUGGAGUUAUGAACAUAAAUGGCGCCCUUUUUAUAUUUUUGACCAACAUGACAUUCCAAAACGUGUUCGCUGUAAUCACUGUUUUUUCCUCAGAACUCCCAAUAUUUCUCAGGGAGCAUAAAAACGGCAUGUAUAGAACUGACGUUUACUUUCUAGGAAAAACUAUUGCUGACAUUCCAAUUUUCAUAUUUUUACCGCUGCUCUUCUUGUCAAUAUGUUACUUCUUGAUUGGUCUAAACAGUGAAAUGCCAAGGUUCUUUGUGGCUUGUGGUAUCAUCGUUUUGGUGGCCAAUGCUGCAACUAGUUUUGGCUACUUGAUUUCGUGUAUAUCCACGACAGUAUCUAUGGCUCUAUCUAUAGGACCGCCACUGCUGCUACCAUUUUUGCUUUUUGGAGGAUUCUUUUUAAAUAUUGAGUCUAUUCCAGUUUAUUUGGAAUGGUUGGCCUAUUUGUCCUGGUUUAAAUAUGGUAAUGAAGCUUUAAUGGUUAACCAAUGGGAAAACGUUACAAAUAUACAGUGUCCUACAGUAAAUUCGUCUUGCCCAAGGGACGGCCAUGUGGUUUUGGAGAUGUACAAUUUUAAGGAGGAACAUCUGAAACUGGAUAUAUUAUCCUUAUUUGGGUUGAUUGUUCUGUUUAGGUUAGCAGCGUAUUUUGCCUUGCUAUGGAAGACUUACAAGGAUACAGAAUAGAAGUAAAAUUAAAAAUUUAGUAUUAUUGUUUCGUUUGUUUAAUAAAUUUUGUAUAUA